AUGUCUUUAAUCAUUAGAAAUAUUUCAAGUAUAAGAGAAGAAUGGAAAUAGUUAGUGAAAAAAAGGAUAAAGAAGAACAAAAGAAAAAAUUAAUAUACUGUAGCUUAUUAAUUUGAUCAAGCUCAAGACAAAAACAUUAAGAAAACUGAUUUACUUAUGAUUGUUAAAAAUAUUCCCCAUACUAUACCUAAUAUCAAUGUUUUUAGACUAAAAACAAAUAUCCAGUUCUCAAUGAACAUAAAUAAUGAAUUUUCUAUGGGAUCACUUUCUAUUGACCCUCAUUCAAACAAUUAUAAAGUGGUAAGGAUCGAUAAACGAAAAAACCUUACUAUUCUAACAUUAGAUUAGAUAAAUAGACCUAUAACACCAUCCGAUGUGCUAUAUCAAAUAUUUAAGAACAGAAAUUAACAAUUAGCUGAAGCAUUUUACCUUUAUGAUUUAAGGAAUCUUGAGGCCUCUAAAUUGACAUUAAAUUAGAUCUCAGAAAUUAAUGAAUUUGAGUCUUCUAUAAAAAGUUCUCCAUAUGCAUGUUAUGUAUCAAUAUAUGAGAAUGGAAUGUGGAGAACUUUUUAAAAAGUAUUUAAUCAUAAAAUGCUUGAAGUAUUAGCAAUCUCUGAGAAUAUGCUAAUAAAUUAUUGUAAUGAAACCAAACUAAUUCCAUUAAGUGCUUAUUUUGAUGUAUCUGAUGGACAACUUCAUAUAUUUAAAAAAAUUUUUUCGGCAAGAGUAGAAUAAACGGAUACUAAAAGAGAUUAUAUAAACUAUAAUGGAGAUAGAUUUACAGCUACUUUGAAAAUAAAGACUUUUAUUAUUAAGAAUGAAGAUAAGGAUUAGUUAUUUGAGUAUACUUAUUGUGUAACUGAUUGUGAAAAUAAGUGGAUGUCUGGAGAAAGAGUAAAAAAGAAUGAAAUGGAAUAUUUUAAUAUUAAACCAAGUAAUUCUACAACUGAUGAAUCAUCAUAUUUGGAGUCAUCAAAAAGAUGUGGAUUCAAGUAACUUUUGUGA